AUGGCGUGGGACCCGACUAAGAACAAGACCUAUCAGAUCCUCAAGGCGGCCGAGGAGGGCCAGUACGGCGUCGUCGCGCCCAUCGCCUACAACAUCGAGAACAUCCUCUCCUUCAUCCGCGCCGCCGAGGCGAAGCGCAGCCCGCUCAUCAUCCAGGUCUUCCCCUGGGCCAUCACCUUCUCCGACGGCCUCCUUGUGCGCGCCGCCGCGCUCGCCGCCAAGGCCGCCUCCGUACCCGUCGCGAUCCACCUCGACCACGCCCAGGACGAGGCCAUGAUCCGCCACGCUGCUGACAACCUGCCCUUUGACUCCAUUAUGGUCGACAUGAGCCACUACGAGAUGGAGGAGAACCUGGCUAAGACGAAGGAGCUCGUGGCAUACUGCCACGCGCGCGGUAUCGCCACGGAGGCGGAGCCGGGACGUAUCGAGGGAGGCGAGGACGGUAUUGCUGAUACUGCGGAUCUGGAGGGUGCUUUGACGACGGAGGAGCAGGUGGAGGACUUCGUGGCGACGGGGAUUGACUUCUUGGCGCCUGCUUUUGGCAACGUUCACGGCGAGUACGGUGCCAGAGGUCCCGUUUUGGAGUUUGACAGGCUAGAGAAGAUUCGCGCCAAGGCAGCCGGAAGAGUGCGCAUCGUGCUCCACGGAACGAACGACUUCCCCGAGGACCUGAUGCAGCAGUGCAUCCGCGGCGGCGUGUCAAAGGUCAACGUUAACAAGUUGGUUCUGGACGACUACCUCGUCCACCUCAAGAAGAACGCGCCCACGCUCAGCCUGACGACACUGAUGGAGGAGGGUGUUAAGGAGGCGCAGAAGCUGACGGAGUGGCAGAUGGAUGUGUGCAAAUCUGCAGGCAAGGCAUAA